UGGGUGGGGUGAAGGAGGCUGCGGAGGACACACAGGUAGAGAGGCAACUCCUUCAACCACGUCCACUUUCUGCAGACGUCUCCUCCAGCUCCCUCACACUCUCUCACGUACGCAGAGAGAGGUGGGAGUGUGCGCGGCGAGCAUCGCCGGAGAGGUCCGCCUGCGUACUGGCUGCUGGAGGCACGUCCACACCGCCGCGCCGCUGCGCUCCAUCAGACGCUCUCCCACCAGCCAUGAGAGGCUGCUCCAGCCGACCCAAGUCCACGCAGAACCAGGGCAAGGCGGUAUGUAUGACCAACUGUCCCACCCUGAUCGUGACCGUGGGCCUUCCCGCGAGAGGGAAGACUUACAUCUCCAAGAAACUGACCCGCUACCUGAACUGGAUCGGCGUGCCGACCCGAGAGUUCAACGUCGGGCAGUACCGGAGGGAGUUCCUGAAGAUCUACAAGUCCUUUGAGUUUUUCCGUCCUGACAACGAGGAAGGCUUAAAGAUCAGAAGGCAGUGUGCUUCGGCGGCCCUGAACGAUGUGCGACAGUAUUUAACAGAGGAAGGAGGCCAAGUUGCUGUGUUCGAUGCAACAAACACCACCAGAGAAAGAAGGGAAACCAUCCUGGAGUUUGCGGAACAGAACGGCUUUAAGGCUUUUUUUGUGGAGUCUGUGUGUGAAGACCCGGACGUCAUACAGGAAAACAUAGUUCAAGUGAAGCUGGGAAGCCCUGACUACACAAACUGUGACACAGAAGAAGCUGUGGAGGACUUUAUGAAGAGGAUCAAGUGUUAUGAAAACUCUUAUGAGACGCUGGAUGAGGUUUUAGACAGGGAUCUUUCCUUCAUCAAAAUUAUGGAUGUAGGCCAGCGUUACCUGGUUAACAGGGUGCUGGACCACAUCCAGAGCCGGAUCGUCUACUACCUCAUGAACAUCCACAUCACGCCGCGAUCGAUCUACCUGUGUCGCCACGGGGAGAGCGAGCUUAACGUCAAGGGUCGCAUCGGAGGAGACUCCGGUCUCACGCCAAGGGGCAAAGAGUUUGCUAAGAAGCUGAACCAGUUCAUCCAGACACAGAACAUAAGCGAACUGAAGGUGUGGACCAGCCAGAUGAAGAGAACCAUCCAGACAGCAGAGGCCCUCAAUGCCCCCUACGAGCAGUGGAAGGUCCUCAAUGAGAUCGAUGCGGGUGUGUGCGAGGAGUUGAUGUAUGAGGAGAUCCAGGAAAACUAUCCUCUGGAGUUCGCCCUGAGGGACCAGGACAAGUACCGCUAUCGCUACCCAAAAGGAGAGUCCUAUGAGGACCUGGUGCAGCGCCUGGAGCCGGUCAUCAUGGAGCUGGAGAGGCAGGAGAACGUGCUGGUCAUCUGUCACCAGGCCGUCAUGCGUUGUCUGUUGGCCUACUUUUUGGACAAGACAGCAGAGGAGCUGCCGUACCUGAAGUGCCCCCUACACACUGUGCUGAAGCUGACGCCUGUGGCCUACGGCUGUAAAGUGGAGUCGAUCAGCCUAAAUGUGGAGGCGGUCAACACACACAGAGAAAAACCAGAGAACGUUGACAUCCAUCGCACCACUAGAGACGCCCUGCAGACGGUCCCUGCUCACCUCUGAUGCCUGUCGUGUCGCUCUCCGGUGAUCGCUGAAGUCGAAGCCUCCUGCCCCGUAACGGACGUGCUGGUUUCUCACCCUUCCAGUCACCCCGGCCUCCUCUGACCGAUGGGGAGGACGACACGCCACCGCCCACGCCAUGUAUAACUCCUGUUCCCCCCCCCGUGUUUGUCCUGUUCGAGGGGUUAAAAAGGAGCUUAACCGGAACACUUUGAUCGGUCGUGACCCAAAUGUUCAUAUGUGAAAGUUGCAGACCAUCGUGCUCGAGGCCCGCUCCGAUGGUUUUUAAACUCACCGCGUUUUCAGUGUGUUGUUGUCGUGCACAGCAGUUGUUAACACUGGCAAGUUACUGUGACGUUUUCGAAUAUUAACCAUGUGGUUUUACUCCAAUAAUCAUGUGAUUUUUUGUUUUGUUUUUUUGUCUGCUGCAUGUUUGACUUUGUGCAAUCAUAAUUUCACAUGAAGGUGGCCGCAGUGAUAUUGUGCAAUUUUGUAGGUUUUUAACCUGCUUUAAAAUAAAUAAAUAAAAAAACAGCCCCGUGCUGGUAGGAGAGAACGGAGCAGAGCAGCGCCACUGUCGCUUGGAUUGGGUGAAAAUAAAGGCCGCCUGUGAAAUAUCAUUGUGACGCAACACAUUUAAGCAAUAGAAAUGCAAAGAGGAUCAUUAGCCAAAUUACUGGUUGUGCUGAUCUUGACUUGAAAAUGUAUGUUCCGACUCUACUGCAAUAAAGAUGUUAUUUUUUUAAA